UGGCAGCACUUUGAUGCUUUCCGUCCAUUAAAAGUAAAUGAACGUGGCUUAACGAGUUUGGUCGAUUUUGACCUAAAAAUAAUUUUACGAUGUUUGUUCUUUUUGGCCAUACGGUGAUUUUUAAAUGUUUUCUUCUUGUCUUAUUAGUUUCAUUUGUUAAAUGCUACUUUGUAAACAUUGAUGCUCACGCAGAGGAAUGUUUUUUUGACAAAGUGACCGCCGGCACAAAAAUGGGACUGACGUUUGAAGUAGCAGAAGGAGGGUUUCUCGAUAUUGAUGUAAAGAUUACUGGCCCUGACGGAAAAGUAAUUUACCAAGGAGAACGAGAAUCAAACGGAAAAUAUACUUUUGCUGCCCACAUGGAUGGUGUCUUUACAUAUUGUUUCAGCAAUGCUAUGUCUACAAUGACACCUAAAAUUGUCAUGUUCUCUAUGGAUGUCGGAGAUGCACCAAAAGCAAGUGAUGGAGAAACUGAUGCACACCAAAAUAAACUUGAAGAAAUGAUAAAAGAACUUUCAACUUCUUUAAGUUCUGUAAAGCAUGAACAGGAAUAUAUGGCUGUAAGGGACAGAAUUCACAGAGCCAGUGAGUAUGAAUUUCAUUAG